AUAGAAUGAGAGGCGUCGGCUUGUUUGAAAACGGAAGUGUAUUGCUCCGUAGACCGUGGAAGAUUAGAAAUCCUUGAAAUCUUGGAACCACAGCCUCAAAUUCUUGGUACAGGAGAGUGAGAGAGAAAGAAAGAUAGGAAAACACGAACCUUUUUUCUCACAUUUGGAUAGGCCUAUUCAGAAGCGUAUCUAUUAUAAAAGCAAUCGGUGGCAGCACCCAAAUUGCGCCAUGGAAAAAUCGGAUAACCCAGCUCUCAGUGUCGCGGAGGAGAACAACCUGCUGCUUCGCCUGAUCGUGGCCCAGCUGGUGUCCAUCAACAAUCGUCUGGACACCCUCGAGACUCACAUCAACCGCCUCCUGCAGCAGUGCCAGCUGGUUACAUCGGCCACAACUGCUUCCUGUGGGCUGACACUGGCCGAAGAUCAGCCCAUCCAAGAUGAAUGUCAACUCAGCCAAGGUGAAGGUCAACUCGGCCAAGGUGAAGUUCAACCCAGCCAAGGUGAAGGUCAGGAGAACUCCAGUAGUGUGAUCGCGAGCAUUCCAAAUGACAUUGACAGUUUGAUUACGGCCAAGGUGGAAUCCAUGCGUCAGGAGGUGUUGGAAAGGGUGGGACAGGCCAUGCAGGACUCCAUGCUCAGAACGAGUUCCGUGAUUGAAAAGUCCAUGACACACAUCAGCGAGGAGAUCAGGAAGACCCUUGACACGUCUAUCACCACUUUGGCUGUGGAGGUGGACAAGCUGAAACAGGGAAUGGAAGAUGUCAACCGGCGAGUACAGUCUUUUUCUCCUCCUGCCCGGGAAUCGGACAUUCGCAACACCAUGGAGAAACUUUCCCAGACUCUGACGGCAGCCAACAAGAAAAGUGAGGCAGAGGUGACUGAGGUGCGCGACGCUCAGGCCGAGCUCUCAGAGGAGAUCAGACAGCUGAAGCUGGACAUUAGACAGCUGCAGCGACAGAGAAGUUCGCAGACUGGAAGUGAGACUCAGGAGUGAGACAUGUUUGCCUCUGCUUAUAAAGAACGGUACUGCUUGAUGGUGAACGGCAAAUUUUUAGCUGCUGUUUGCACUUGUUACUAUUAUGUUAUUACGUAUUCAUAAGAAUGGUACUCCAUGUUGAUGAAUGGCAAAGUUUGGUAGUAGCUGUUUGCAGUUGUUACUAUUAUGGCUUUUAUAGAACAGAAAAAACUGUUGCUAUAUAUGACUUUAUGAAGAGACACUACACACCAAACAUGUGGUCCAUAAUCUUUCAUACAGUCCUUAAACAUUUUCCCAACAACUCCUUGUUGGUGAAUGGCAAAGUUAAUUUGCUGUUGGCAGUUAUUAUUAGAUGUAUGUUAUGUAACAAUGACUUUGCUUGUCAUUAGAGAAAGCAUAUCUCUAGACUGUUAAGAUCAUAGAUCGUCUUUUCUUGUCCUUUUGUUUUAUUUUUAAUAUAAUAUAAGCACAGAGAUCUAUGCCAAUUAUUAAAUGGACCAUUCUGGUGCUGUCUUAUCUCGCUUGUCCUUCCUGAGGACCCCCUGUGUGUUUGUGAAGUGUUACAAUGUACAGUGAGAUACAUCUUUUGCUCUUCAGACAUGAUGUACAUGUAUGCAUCAAGUUUUAAAGGUCACUUGAUGCAAUGUGAACAUUCUAUAGCCCAUGUCUUCUCUUACUCUUUAUUUUCUUUCCUUCCUGAUCCGAACAUUCUAUAGCCCAUGUCUUCUCUUACUCUUUAUUUUCUUUCCUUCCUGAUCCGAACAUUCUAUAGCCCAUGUCUUCUAUUACUCUUUAUUUUCUUUCCUUCCUGAUCCGAGUUUACAUUCCCUUUCUUCUUGAUUGUUCAUUUUUCACAAAUUUCUUUCCGCCCGUCUUCUCUCUCCCUUCCUUUGCAGGUUGUUUUUUUUAAUUUGAAGAGCAGGAUAUCAUACGGUAUCACUGGUUGCAUUUUGAAUGUUCAUGCAUGUGAUUACACUGUGUCACUGUGAUGCACAUGUUAAUUUUAUUUAGUGAAUGUUUUGAGUGAUCUUGAGCUGCUGAGCUGCAUUACAAACAGUUUUUCUGUUGUAAACUUUGUUGCUAGAACAAAUAAUCCAAGAGGGAAAAACUGACUUUGCAGCCUAUAAUAUAUUUAGUAAAUAUUGUUGCUAUUUUUUUUGGUACCCAAAGGGCUUUCUCUCCUCUGCAUGAUGCCAUCUUCUCGAUUGUUUAUACUUUAUACGUACGUUCCAGUUGGUGUGUCAGUCUGUACAUUUGGGAUUGAUAUGACCUGUUUAAGGGGGUUGCUAACUCUUUUACUUACACUUAUAAACAUUUGAAUUUGCCUGUGAUCUCUGCUUUAAAUCCAGACCUCUUGUUUCUAUUCAUGAUGACACAAAAUACACUAUAUGUCAUGAUAGGAGGUAAUAAAUAGUUUCUGUAUACCUGAUUAAUCAUCUAUAUAUAUAUAUAAUAGAUUAAAUGUUGCUUUCACGAACUUCUGCAUCACAAAAUGUGAUAAACGUAAUAUACUGUCAUGUCAGGGCUGCCCUUUUCAGCCAAACUUAAGAGGCUCGUUCACCCUUUGGUUUUCUUUCUUAAGGGUUAUUUAAACUUAUACCCUGGUUUUAGUAACUUAAAGGGUUGUUGUUGUUUUUCUGUUCAUGUCUGACAAACUAAUCCUGAAAAGUUGAUUUUCUCCUAAUGGUCUGACAUAGACAAAAGGUGACUGCCGUGUAUGUGUGUGGGUGUGUUGUCAAAUCGUUGACUCGGCUUCAGGAUAGAGAAGGGGAAAAACAAUGUUGCCAAACGCACACUACCUAUGUUUUAAAAGCGUAUGAAAACCCCCGAAACAAUAUUCUAAAGAGUAAGGCUUGCCCACCAAGAAAACUUCAAAGGGGGUAAUCUGUGGGUUUUAUGUGUAAUAUAUACGCACAUCUGUGGGUAAUUGGGAGCCCUGCAAGUCAGUAUCACCAAGCAAACUCUACCUUACAAAGAAACCCCAUGAUGUACAAAAACAUAUUACUUACACAGCACCCAUCGCAUACACGCAUAAGGUCACACACUGCUCCUCUUUCUCUCUCUCACUCUCUUUCUUAUUGUCACUAAAUCUUGUACUAUAUCCCCAUAACAUUGUUAAUAUAAUAUAUUAUAUUACAUAUCAACAUACACCAAGCAUUACCAAGAAAUAUAGAGUGAUUACUGCAUUCCCUUGAUGAAAAUUGCAUAGUUUUAGUUUAUAUAUUGGGAAAAGAAAGAUGGCUUUGUGUUGUAAAUUGAUGUUAUUAUAUAAAGCUCUUAAUUUAUUGCAUGUAUACUCUGAACUUAAAAUACUGAUGAAAAACUUUAAUUUUUAUUGAAUUUCUAAAGUUCAACUUACUGCUGUCUGUUUACUUCAAACUCUAACAGUGAAAGUGUGCGGACGGAUUUGGGUCUUUGGUCUUCAAUUAGGAUAGUAGCCGUACAUGAUUAUUAUAUAUUAAUUUGUAUUUCUUUCAUGAUUCAGAUUUUUGUUAAUUUAUGAGAGGAAAUUUUUUUUACUAUGAUUCAUGGAUUAGUACAAAACAUUUUUACUGGAUUUGGUUAUUUUGAUUUUUAAUAUCAUGUUCUAAAGGCUAUUACAUUGGUAACAGACGAAUGAAUCAUUUUUCUUAAUAUUCAUUAUAAUGUGACAUGAUGUGUUGUUUAUUUUUCUAUCUAGGCUUUGAGAGAAUGUGUGAUUAGUCUUAGUUCAGUGUACAGCUAAUGUGUAAACGGUUUUCUUUUUUUAUUUAUCAUGGUGGUUGCAAGAAAGGUGAAGACUUCAAAAUUCAGCCGGAUUAAAAUUUAGGCCGAGAGCAUUUAUGAUGCUAGAUAUGACUUGCACAGAGGUCAAAAUAUUGUUGAAUAAGCUGAGAAGUAAUUUGUUGACUACACAUCAAGUAUGAUCAAGACUUUUUUUUGUGACAACAGUUCAGUUGUUCGUACUCAGUGUUUCUACCUUUGGUUUUAAAGAGCAGCAGGGAAGGAAAGAUGCGCACAAUGAAUAUUGGUGUCUUUUAAGCAGAGGUGCUGUAUCAUCCCACGCUGUCGACAUGAGUUUGAUUUGUGUUUGGGGAGGAUUUAUUACCGAGAGCAUCUUUGUCCAUUGGGAUGUUGUAUCCCUCUCGGCCUGGACUGGCUCUGACUGACAGGGUUGCUGCAGCCUGCCUCCUAAAUUAAUUGUAUUAAUAUGUUUUAAUAGUACAAUAAUCUUGAUUGGGCGUAAACCAACUAGAAUUAUUAUUAAAUCUUCACGUUUCAAACAGCAGGCUAGUGAUAUGUUCUUGAUUCCCUUUUGCUGUACCAUAUAUUAUUUUUAUUUAUCUGUCUAUCCUACCGACCUACCUAUCAUAUCUGUCUGUCUGUAUGUCUCUUUAUAUUAUAAUUAGAUCUAUAUUAUAAUAUUAUAUACUAGCUGGGUACCUGUUCAAUGAACAAACUCAAAAGAAUCGAUCGUCAAGUCAUUGUGGAACCAGUGUGCACUGCUUGUGAACGGAAGCCUCCCUUGUUUACUGUGGCGUCUUAGAUGAUGAACUUUCCCAAGAUUAGAUCAAAAC